GUCUAGCUGUGUCUGCUGGCGGACGGAGUGUGUGUGUGUUGUGUGUGCGAGUGUGUGUUUGAUGGUUUGAGGUCUGGCUCUCUUGUCAAUAUCACAGUUAAAUGUUUAAAUGCGAUGCGAUGGGAUUCUUGUGACCAUGGAUAAAAGGCGAAUCCUGAUCUUGUGUCUGGUUGCUGUGGGGCUUGGUGGAGUGUGUGAUGCUCUGUUGUGUAACUGCACCACGGCUCAGUGUGAGAAGAAUGGCUACCGCUGUGAGACGACGGGCGCCUGCAUGGCCUCUACGUCCUUCAUCGAAGGCCAGGAGCAGCAUGUGCGAAUUUGCAUUGAAAAAGAUAAGCUGGUCCCUCCUGGUCAGCCCUUCUUGUGUCUGAGUGCUGAGGGCCUGCUCAACAUCCACUGCUGCUACACGGACUACUGCAACAGCUUGGACCUCAAGUUGCCCUCUGUGACUGUGCGUCCAGAUGCAGGGCUGAUGGGGGGCUGGGGUCCGAUGGAGCUGGCUGCAGUGGUGGCGGGGCCCGUGUUUGUGGUGUGUGUGCUGGUGCUGCUGGGACUUUUCCUCUUCCAGCACCACCAGAGGGCCUAUGGGCACAGGCAGAGGUUGGAGGUGGAGGACCCCAGCACUGAGCACCUGUACCUGGCCAAGGACAAAACCCUGCAGGACCUCAUCUAUGACCUGUCCACAUCAGGCUCUGGAUCAGGUCUGCCUCUCUUUGUUCAGAGGACGGUUGCCCGGACCAUCGUGCUGCAGGAGAUCAUUGGCAAGGGCCGCUUCGGGGAGGUUUGGAGAGGGAAAUGGAGAGGUGGAGAUGUUGCUGUGAAAAUCUUCUCCUCGCGAGAGGAGCGCUCCUGGUUCCGUGAAGCUGAGAUCUACCAGACCAUCAUGCUUCGCCACGAGAACAUUCUGGGCUUUAUUGCAGCCGACAACAAAGAUAAUGGCACAUGGACACAGUUGUGGCUGGUCUCUGAUUAUCAUGAGCAUGGCUCUCUGUUUGACUACCUGAACCGAUACUCCGUCACCAUUGAGGGCAUGAUCAAACUGGCAUUGUCUGCAGCCAGUGGCCUGGCACACCUGCAUAUGGAAAUACUAGGCACUCAGGGUAAGCCUGGUAUUGCUCAUCGCGAUCUGAAAUCUAAGAACAUUCUGGUAAAGAAGAACCUCACAUGUGCCAUCGCGGAUCUAGGCCUCGCAGUGCGGCACGAGUCUGUCACAGACACCAUCGAUAUCGCCCCCAACCAGCGUGUUGGCACCAAGAGGUACAUGGCACCAGAGGUGUUGGAUGAGAGUAUUAACAUGCGUCACUUUGACUCCUUUAAAUGUGCUGACAUCUACGCUUUGGGGCUGGUGUACUGGGAGAUUGCUCGCCGCUGCAAUGCUGGAGGUAUCCAUGAGGAGUACCAGCUUCCUUACUAUGACCUGGUGCCCUCAGACCCAUCUAUAGAGGAGAUGAGAAAAGUGGUGUGUGACCAGAGGUUACGACCAAACGUGCCCAACUGGUGGCAGAGCUACGAGGCAUUGCGUGUGAUGGGGAAGAUCAUGAGGGAGUGCUGGUAUGCAAAUGGUGCCGCUCGGCUGACCGCCCUGCGCAUCAAAAAGACCCUGUCUCAACUCAGCGUGGAGGAGGACGUCAAAAUCUGAGGCGCAAGCAAAGUCGUGAACGCUUGUACAAAAAAAUACUACUUCUACUACUCCACACUAUCCUGCCAGUUUGAAAAAUGUAACGCCGUCCACAGAGUUGUGAUGCGGCCUACCUCACCCUCACAGCCAAAACUACUGAAAACGAUCGUACUCACAGCCUCCCCUCUAAUGACCCUUGAUGAACUGAACUGAACUUGAACCCGACUCCAGUCCUUCCUGCGUUCUUAUUUUCAUAAAUGGCCACAGACUGCAAGUUCCGAUACUACUGAUCUACUGCUACCACUGCUGCCCCUAUUAAUAUCCAUAGACCGUUCCAUGGCUGAAGUGGAUAACUGUGUUAUUGAUGUGACUACUUUCUCUAACAUUUUUAAAGACCCCCUUAUUUCAGCAGCACACUCCACAGGUGACCUUUUAAAACAAGUUUGUUCAUAGACUCACUAUGUGCAUAUUGUGUAGAACUCCUCAGUUAUGUCUCUGAAGCCAUUGGUGGGUUUGCUAGCAUGGAGGGGAGUGAAAUUUGAAUGUGGUUUUGUACAGAGCUUCUUGCACUCCCUCUGUCUGUGUCUCUCUCUCUCAGAAAUGUGGGUUGGCUGUGUUAAAGGUUAGCAGGCUGGAAUGCGGGUGCUAGCCAAGAGCUUUAGCUCCAGUGUAAUAUUAGAUUACACAAACCUCAGAUUUCAGGAGGAGAUUAGAGGAGACAGAUUACGCAGGUAACCCAAGCACGUCAGUUCAGGAAGAACUGAUAACGAUCUGAAACGUAAAACUUGAUAUGAUGUUAUGGCACUACUGAUAUACAGUCGUAUGCGAAGGUUUGGGCCUCCCAGUCAAAUUACAUGUUUUGUUGAUAAAAACAUC